GCUGUGCAUAUAUUUUUUAUGCAGUCAUACUAAUAAUCUUUCUUUUAAGACUCUGAGUCUGUGUCCUCCUUGAAACAGAAGCUACUUCUUAUGUAGUUCUCUACCCCCUGAGUGCCCAGCACAGGCAGCACAGUCCAUGUAUUAGUUUUUUAUUGCUGAAUAAGAAAUUACCAAAAACAGCACUUAAAACAACACCUCUUUAUUAGCCUACAGUUUUUGUGGGUCAGAAUCCAGAUAUGACAUGCCUGGACUCGCUGCUCAGGGUCUUGAAGCUCAAAUCAAAGUGUUGGCUGGGCUGAAUUCUCUUCUGGAGGCUCUGGGGGAAAAUCCACUUUCUGUUCAUAUUGUUUCCAUGUUCUUGUUGUUGGCAGGAUUCAGUCCCUGUGGUUGUAUUCCUUGUGGUUUUAGAAUUGAGGUCCCUGUUUCCUUGCUGGCUAUCAUCAAGCCCUUAGCUUCUAGAGACCACCAUAUUUCUUACCAUGCAUCCCUUCCAUCUACAAAGCCAGUAUGAGAAAUUUUCGUAUUAUCCAAUGCCUCUCAUGCUCUGACUACAGGAAGAGUCCCUUCACUUUAAGGGCUCACCUGAUUAGGUCAGGCCCACCCAGGAUAAUCUCCCUUUUUUAAUGUCCAGCAGAUUUACUUGUUGGAAUGUAUGGAGCAUGUAAGAAUGCCAAAAGUUCCCAGAAAAGAGAAAACCAGGAGUUCAGUGGCCAGGAAUCCUGGACCCUGUGUGGGUGGGAUGGAGAUGAGCAAAAUGUGAACAUCCUAAGAAAAAGAGGGAGGGUCUUCAGGCAGGGAGCAAAAGACAGGGAGCAGCCUAGAAAGGCUAGGAGGGUUGGCUGGAGGAGAGCAGGGAGGGAGCUGGAGAACACUGAGUAAAGAGAGGCAAGAGUGGAUUGGCUGACGCAGGAGGAAAUGAGGCCAACCUGUGGAAGGCUGGCUGGGUGUCUUUUCUUUCUGUUUGCACAUUCUGUCUGUUUAUUCAUUCACUCAGCAUAUACUUACUGUAUGUGUGCUGCAGGCCAGGCAUGGUGCUAGACCCUGUGGUGAUCAUAGCAGACAGGCUCUGCUUUCACAGUCGUGUGUGGAGACACAGAGGUAAACACAUCGAUAAAUGUGCAGUCGCAACAUGGGCUAUGAAGGAGACAGAGCAGGAUGAUGUGCUGGAGCGAAUAUGGGAGAGCUGCCUUGGGGAGGAGCCCGAGGAGGCCUCGAAGAGGAGCGUGGAACCCAAGGAGGAGUGUGGAACCCCAGGAAGAGUUUGGAACCUGAGUGUGGAGCCCGAGGAAGAGUUUGGAACCUGAGGAGGCCUUCCUGAGGACGGUGGAGCCUGAGGAGAAGUGUAGAGCACAAAGAGGAGCGUUGAGUUCAAGACGGCCUCCCUGAGGAGCGUGGAGCCCCACGUUCUGAAGGCAGGAGCAACUUCCCAGGAGCAGGCAGGGCUUUGGACAAGAACAGUCAUUGUUGUCAGAUCCUGCUAGUCUAGAUCAGAAGCAGAAAAAAUGAAGACCCUUUCUAGUUAUUGAAAAUUGAAUUGCCUGCCCUUGAGACCUCAGCAGGUUGGGGAAGAACUCAGACUUUUAAGAAUGACCAUUUGUCUCAAAAGCAGCCCAGGCUCAAGCUGACCCUGUGAAAAGAAUAGGAGACCGUUUGGAAACUGUGCUCUUAGGGAAAAUAACCAACCCCCUUGAAGAGUCAGAAAUGAGAGCUAGGGGUGGCGAUGUGCAUUUCCGAGCCCUCUAGAUAUCUAGAGAUCAGUGGCUCUGAUGCCCAAGCCCCAAUCUUAAGGAUUUGAAUUUACCUGGUCUGUGGCCAGGGCUGCAUUUUGCAGAAGCUCCCCAGGUGGUUCUGGUGAGUGUAAUGGGGGGGAAACCACUGAUCUGGUCCUCCCCUAAGUUUGUGGGGUUAUGAGGGUUAGAGGCCCAGAGAGGGCAGGUCCUUGUCCAAGGUCACCUGUAAACCACCUGACACCUGACCAGUACAGCCUUGGGAUCUAGUUCAAGCUCUUUGAGAUUUUCCACUGUGCUACUGAACUAGUUUUAAAAUCACAUUCUUGAUUUUCUGGAUUGUGACCCAAUAAGCUGUGUUGACAUAUUUUGUUCUCAGUUGCACAGGACAGUAAUUUCUCUCACAUAAUCACAUUUUUUGGGGGGGUGACUUUUUUUUUAAUGGUUAUGAAAGCAAAUAAUCAAUGCACAGAAAAUUAUAAAACAAAAAUUACCUGUAAUCCCACCAUGCACAGGUAACCACUUUUAGCAUGCUGGUAUAUAUCCCUCUGUACUUUUCACUGCGUGUGUGUGUGUGUGUGUGUGUGUGUGAAUGUGAUAUGGGGGAGUGUGUGUAUGUGUGAUGCAUGUAUGUGUGUGUAAGCAUGUGUAUAUGUGUGUGAGUAUGUACUUGUCUGGUGCCAUCAAGUUGGUUCCAACUCAUAGCGACCCUGUGUACAACAGAAUGAAACACUGCCCGGUCCUGCACCAUCCUCAUGAUCCUGUAAGUGUAUAUGUAUGUGUAUGUUUAUAUAUGUGUGUAUGUGUAUGUGAGUGAAUAUAUACAUGUAUAUGUGUGGGAGUAUGUAUAUGACCCUAUGUGUGUUAUCUUUAUUUCUCUUUCAAUUUGAUGGUCGAGAAACAUUUUUGUAAUGAUUUGUCACCUGCUUAAUCAGGAACCUCUUUCUAAGUGAGGUUACACAAAUGAUUGACCUGUUUCCAUAUCUCCUGUACUGAUGAGAACGGCUCAGGAGUCCAGUGUAUGAUUAUACAUUAUGUUACGUUUGACCACAUUUAAAACUAUGAAGAAAUUGCUGUAGGUGCUGAAGCCAGAAAAAAAUGAUCACUUGCUUGCGGGCCUCUCCAGUUGUGUGCCUUGGGAAUGGGCAUCUCGCUACACCAGUUCAGCAUCCAGAAAAAUUGGGUGAGUUGAGAGGGCUUCUGUCUCAGAUGACCUGCCUUAAACCAAUUAAUGUCUGCAACACUUCCCAGACACUCGCCGUUUCUGUUGGCUUGCCACUGCUUUGCACAAACUAAUCCAAACCAUGGUUGACAGGCAGUAGCAGGGCUUGGUAGAUCAGGGGGAGGGGUGGGGGCGGGCCAGGAAGUGGAUCGACAGGAGGUGCAGUGGAGAGGACCUGGGGUGGGACUCAGGAGUUGAAGUCUCAAUCCUGCUUCUGAUUAACUUGCAAUGUGAUAUUGGGCAAACCCUCCUAGGAGUAUUUUGAAGGUUUGGUGAUUUACUGAAUAUGAAAGGGCUUUGAGAAGCAUGAACUGCUGAGCACAAAUGGAAAUAAAGAGGACUCAUUCAUUCAUUCAUCGUUUUCAGGUUGUUGAAUAUUGUGUGUAUUUGACCCUUCUGUAUGCUCUCAUCAUUCCUUGGGGUUUCCUUCAAGCACAUAUCAUGCAUGGGUCAUAGUUACAUUUUCAUUUUUAUGAUUAUCUGCUACACUGGAAAAUUCUAAACAUGUCUGUUUGACUCACAAGUGUACCCCAGCAUUUAGAACAGAAACUGGCACUAAGCGUUAAUAUGUGGAGUAAAUCAGUUUUCCUUCCUUAGAAGGUUUCAGCAAUGAGCCAGAUAGACUGUCCUCAAGAGGAACAUGCUCUAGGGUGGGAGAAUAGAUACAGGUGUGAUAAGUGCUUUUGUUAGGCGAAAGUGGGACUUAUUUUCUAUUUACAAUAGCAUCUAAGAGAAGAAAAUACCUAGUAAUAAAUUCACCCAGGAGUGUGAAAGACUUAUAAAAUGGAAAUUAUAAAACACUGCUGAAAGAGACUAAAGAAGACCUAAAGAGAUGGCAAGGUAUUCCGUGCUCAUGAAUUAGAAGACUUAAUAUAGUCAAAUGCUAGUACUGCCCAGUCCUGAUCAAAAUUACAACAGCAUUCUUUAUGGAAAUCAAAAAGCUAAUCCUCAGUUUUAUAUGGAAAUAAUACAAGAGACCCCAAAUAGCCAAAGCAGUUUAGAAGAACAAAGUAGGAGGCCUCACACUUGGAAUAGAGUUGAAAAUCCAGAAAUAAAUCCAGACAUCUAUGGUCAAUUCAUUUCUGACAAGGGAGCCAAGUACAUCCAAUAAGUAAGAAAAAGACUUUUCAACAAAUGAUGCUGUCAAAACUGGAUUUCCGCAUGUAAGAAAAUGAAACAAGAUCCAUACCUCACACCACACGGAAAAACUAAUUCAAAUGGAUCAAGGACCUAAAUGUUAAAUUUAAAACCCUAAAUUUCUUGGAAGAAAAUGUAGAAGCAAAGCUUUGGGCCCUAAUUUUUUUCAAUGAUAGAUUAUCAAACACAAUGAUGAAUGUAUGACAACAGAAAACAAAACAGGUAACUGGGACCUUGUAAAAGUUAAAUACUUAUGCUCACCUAUAAACUUUAUCAAAAGGGUAAAGAGAUAAUCUACAGACUGGGAAAAAAUAUUUGGGAACCAUAUAACUGAUAAGGGUCUAAUAUCUAAAAUAUGUUGAAAACACCUGCAAUUUAACCACAAAAAAAGAACCCGAUCAAAAGCUGGGCAAAAGACAUGAACAGACACUUCACCAGAGAAUAUUCAAAUGGUCAACUGACACAUGAAAAAAUGCUCAACAUCAGUAGUCAUCAGAGAAAUGCAAAUCAAAAAACCACAAUGAGGAUACCAUUUCACUCCCACCAGGAUGACCAAGAUAGGAAAAAGAAAUAAAUUUUUAAAAAUAACAAGUGUUGGAAGGGAUAUGGAGAAAUUGGAACCUUCAGUCAUUGUUGGUGGGAAUGGAAAGUGAUACAGCUCUUAAAAAAACUAGAGGUAGAGCUGCCAUAUGAUCCAGCAGUUCCACUCCUAGGUAUAUGCCCUAAGGAAUCUAGUAGAAGUGACACAAACAGACAUAUAUACACCUAUGUUCAUUGCAGCACUAUUCACGGUAGCAAAAAAAGGUGGAAACAAUCUAAGUGCCAUCAACGGAUGAAUGGUUAAGUAAAAUGUAGUACAUACAUACAAUGGAAUAUUACUCAGCAAUGAAGAAAAAUGAGUUCCCAAAACAUCUUAGAACAUGGAUGAACCUGGAGGACAUUAUGUUGAGUGAAAUAAAUCAAUCACAAAAACACAAAUAUGUUCUCACUUUUAUGAAAUGAUGUGAAUGAGUAUCUAUACAGAACUAAAAAAAAAAAAAAAGUGAGACUUGCUUUAAGAGAAAUUCUGGAAAAAGUUCUUUGGGAAUUCUGGGGAAGGAAGUGUUAGGCUCUGGCCAGGAAGUUGGAGAGUCCUCAAAGACAAGGAGGCACCUCCAUUGUCCUGUGAGCUCUGGUGGGAGCUUGGCCUGGGUGUGUGUGGGAGCCUGCAGAAGGGGCCUCAGGGAGGAGUAGCAGUGUGACGGUGGGUUUGGGGCCACAUGAGGGCCCAGUGUGCAGCAUAUGGCUGCAUCCUGGAGAGGGAAAAGACCCCAGGGAUGUUUUCUCCCGAAUCGUGAGGGGCCUUGAAUGCCUGGCCACAAAAUCUAAGCUCUCUCAGGUAAUGAGCUGACCGUUGUUGAGGAUUUCUGAGCAAGCAAGUAACUUUCUUAGAAAUGUACAUAACCCGUUGCUGUCGAUUUCAUUCCAACUCAUAACAACCCUAUGAGACAGAGUAGAACUGCCCCAUAGAGUUCCCGAGGAGCGCCUGGUGGAUUCAAACUGCUGACCUUUUGGUUAGCAGCUGUAGCACUUAACCACUAUGCCACCAGGGUUUCCAGAGAUGUACAUAUGGGGUAUUAAUAUGAAAAGUAUGCCUUGCUUUUGGCUGGAGAUGGAUUAGGAGGUAAUCAGGGCUGUGGCAAAGUAGUGGCCAUGGGCUGGAGAAGAAGAAUAGAUGUGGGAGAGAGUUGGGCAUAGACAGAUUGGAUGUGGGGUUAAAGAGGUGGUGGGGAGUCAGGGUGAGGCAUAGGUCUCUGACAGUUCCAGUCAUUGAGGCAGGACACUUAGGAGAGUGAGUUUGGAAGAGGCGGUCAUGAAAGACUGAUUGAGUUUGAGGUACCUGUUCCCAUCCACCAGGACAUUAGAUGUAUGUUGUGAAAUCUCUGAGGAGAGGUCUGAGGUGGAGAGAGAGAUGUGGGAGUUAUUGAUAUAUCUGAAAUAAGUCAAGGAUGGUGUUACCCAGUUACCCACUGCUAUGUAACAAACCACGUGAACGUUUAGUGGCUUGUUUGAAGCCAGUAUUUCAGUCUGGUCACAAAUCUACCGUUUGGCCAGGGCUCAGCAAGGACAUUUAAUCUCUGCUCUGUGCAGCAUCAGCUGGAGUGGCCUGACAGUGGCUGUGCCCAGUCCACGGUAGUUUCUUCAAAUAGCUGGGAGCUCAGCUGGGGCUGUGGGUUACCACACCUAUAUGUGGCCUCUGCAUGUGACUGCUUGGAAUUUCUCAAUACAUAGGGUUUGUGUUUAAGUAUGAGCAUCCCAAGAAAUAAGAGGAAGUUGUCAGUUUUUAAGAUCCGAGUGCAGAAACUGGCUGGCACAGUGUCUCUUCCACUGUAUUCUACUGGCCAGGCAGUCGCAGAUGGAAGGGGGAGGACAGAAACUCCAACUGUCCAUGGGAAGAAUGCAGGAAAGGAUUACCCAGUGAGCAAGGUAUGCAGGGGCUUACUCAUGCUUACUUACUAAUCUGUAGUGCACAAUUUCACCUGUUUUUCACCACAUCGAAGAAGUGCUCACUACAGAUUAAAAAGUAAACACAAGGAGGCCUGUGCAUACCUUGCUUAAUGUAAGCCCAUGUGUACCUUGCUUACUGGUUAAUCUACCCUUGGAAGAGUGCCAAGGGAGUUUAGGACCAGGACCCUAUGAAGGGCUAAAAAAUACUGGUUGAAUGAAUGAGUAAAUGAAUGGUAUGAGCAAAGGUGUGGUAAGAGGCUUGGGGGAACAGUUAUUGGAGAAGCUGAAUGGAGUUUGUGAGGAGGGGGUUAAGCUUGGGAUGGUCAGUAGGACUUAGACCUAGACUGGUGAGGUCCUUGAACUCCAGGCCAAGGGAACAGAUAUGACCUGAAUCAGGUAAGGUGCCUAAGAUGGUGGUGAUGUAGGAACAGGGGCAGGAGUGAGGCCUAGACCAGGGCCAGUACCCACGGGGGGCAGUAGUGGAAUGUGAGUUGGACCCUCAGCUUUGGGCCUCUGCUGGCUGUGGCCUGGAUCACCGCUUCUGCCUGCCCUCAGGCCUGGACAUUCUGUUCCUGGAGCCUGUGGAAUGCACAGCUGACGCCCAACAAUAGAACCCUGGAGUCAAAGGUGGCUCCCCAGCCACUCCUCUGGGUCAGGUGGUGGUCAACAGGGCGUCAGGGCUGUCUGGAGAAAGAAAGUAAGGGUUGCUUUGGAAGCACAAUUACAAGUCUUCAGGGCUCUAGAGAGAGAACAGGGCUGUGUUUCUUCUAUGAACAUAGCCUCUUCCUGUGGCAAUGAGUCCCUGAAAACUUAAGUCAGGGUGACCACAGGGCUCCUUCUGGGGACCUGCAGGCUAAUGACCUUAAGGGAGAAAACUCAUGGGGCUGUAGACCUGGCCUGAGGAGGUAGGUCCUUUCUGGCUGAGAUCUCUUUAGAUCGAGGCACUCAGAGCAUGCGUGCAGCAUGGGUGCCUUCUGUGGGCCUCCACAUGGGGCGGUCUCCAAGGCCAGGUUUCACGUAGUCUCUUGUUCCCUGGGUCCAGCGUGAGCCAGCUUGCUGGACUGCUGAAUGAUGUCAAGGUCAGUGCUGAGGCACAGUGAGCCUCCUCACGGCAAGCUGGCAGGGGAGGUCCCAGCUAACAAGGGGCCACUAUCUGAGGGAAACUUAAUCUGCAGGGAGUGGACAGCACGAGUUGGUGGGAGUCUCCAGAAUGAGGCAUUGGGUCACACUGGGCUUUGUUCCUCACGCCCUGCUCCCACUGUCUCUCGGCUGAGGGGCAGCUGGGAACCCUGCACAGGUGCAGGCACCUGCCGACUGGGAAUCCUGUCCCUGCGUGGACUUCUCAGGAAGAGAGUGCUGGUGUGGGUGUGGAGAGGAGAGGACAGAAGAUGCCCCUGGGCCCAGACUCCUAGGAAGGUGGCCUUGCACCUGUUCCACUUUUGUUCCUAGGAAUGAGGCUGGUAGCCUGACCAUGGGGGUCACCCAGCUGAACCUGGAGUUCCGCUUUCAAGGCAAGAAGCUGAGAGGCUUCAGUUGUGAGCUCAUCCGGUCCCCCUACGGGGUCUUCCCUGAGAGGGUGCUCACCACUGCCUGCCAGAUCGGGGUGCCCAUUCUCCUCUCCGGCCUGGGCAUGAUGACCGCUGGCCUGGUGAUGAACACAGUGCAACACUGGCCUGUGUUCGUGGAGGUAAAAGACCUUCUGACCUUGGUGCCACCCCUGGUGGGCCUGAAGGGGAACCUGGAGAUGACGCUGGCUUCACGACUGUCCACAGCUGCCAACACUGGACAAAUUGAUGACCCCCAAGAGCAGCACAGAGUCAUCGGCAGUAACCUUGCCCUCGUUCAGGUGCAGGCCACUGUCGUGGGGCUCCUGGCUGCUCUGGCCGCCCUGCUGCUGGGAGCUGUGUCCAGUGAGGAGGUGGACUUAGCAAAGAUGGGGCUGCUGUGUGCCAGCAGUGUCCUCACUGCCUUCCUCGCCGCCUUGGCCUUAGGAAUGCUGAUGGUCUGUAUAGUAAUUGGAGCUCGGAAGUUCAGAGUCAACCCAGACAACAUCGCCACCCCCAUUGCAGCCAGCCUGGGAGACCUCAUCACACUGUCCAUUCUGGCUUUGGUCAGCAGCUUCUUCUAUAAACACAAAGACAACUGGUACCUGAUGCCACUGGUCUGUGUGGCCUUUGUUGCUCUGACCCCAGUGUGGGGCAUCAUAGCCAAGCAGAGCCCACCUAUCGUGAAGAUCCUCAAGUUUGGGUGGUUCCCCAUCAUCCUAGCAAUGGUCAUCAGCAGUUUUGGAGGAAUCAUCCUGAGCAAAACCAUCUCUGAGCCGCAGUACCGAGGCAUGGCCAUCUUCACCCCCAUCAUAUGUGGUGUUGGUGGCAAUCUAGUGGCCAUUCAGACCAGCCGGAUCUCUACCUACCUGCAUAUUUGGAGCACACCUGGGGUCCUGCCCCUCUGGAUGAAAAAAUUCUGGCCUAAUCCAUGCUCUACCUUCUGCUCCUCAGAAGUCAAUUCCAUGUCAGCCAGAGUCCUGCUCUUCCUGGUGAUUCCAGGCCAUCUGAUUUUCUUCUUAGUUAUCCACCUGGUAGAAGGUCACUCGGUCACAAGCAGCAAGACCUUUCUGGUGCUGUAUCUGCUGGCAAGCCUGAUCCAGGUGACAAUCCUGCUGUACCUGGCAGAAGUGAUGGUUCGUGUGACUUGGCACCAGGCUCUGGAUCCUGACAGUCACUGUAUCCCCUACCUUACAGGACUGGGAGACCUCCUGGGGACUGGCCUCUUGGCACUCUGCUUCCUUCUUGACUGGCUAAUAAGGAGCAGAGCAGAGCUCGAUAGCCUCUCAGAACUGGUGUCUAGACCUCCCUAACUGAACCUGCCCAGCCCCAGUUGCUCAGUAGAAUUUUCCCUCUUCCUCCCUUUCUGGGGCCUCAGGAUGGAUGGCUGACACUUUGCCUCUCCGCUGGCCCUUUGUCAGUCUGCUCACACACAUCGACUCUGGAGUUGAUAACUGAGCCCAAGAUGGAGCCCUGAAAUCAGAAAGCAUUGUUUUGUGAGUGUAUGAAUGCAACCAGGUGUGCUUAGGCAUUAGUGUGUGUCCCUGUGCCUGGGUGAAUGUGUGAAUGAAGGUGGACAUAUGUGUGGGGAACAGGGCGCUCUGGCCCGAAGAAGCUGAAAGAAGAGGCACAUCUACUCUACUUUGAGGGGUGUGUCUACACUGUCCCAGGCCUAUGCAACCUCGAUUGGGGUGGAGCAAUCUGAGUCAUGGCUAAGGCCCAGGCUCCAUGGGCCUCCUGAAGGUAUGCCCUGCAGUGUGUGCAGCCCUUCCCAGAUGGGGCCUUGCACGCCUUCAUCUGCUCCCAGUAGAUUCCUGCAUUUCUUUUCACUACAUACAUUUUUUUUUUUUCCUUUUUUAAAAAAAUGUGUUCCUUUGUUUUUUAGCAAAACCCUCUAUCUAGAUUUCAGUGAUCAGAGAGGUGUAAAAUAAAACAUAGA